AUGAUCGACAUGGUUUAUCAUGUGCUCGAGUACUUGGAGGAGUUUCCAGUUGAAGCAGGCGCGAGUGAACUCAAGAGUCAGCUAACGGUCUUCAAGCAUGAAGAUCUACGCGCUGCUUGUGUACAUCUUAAUCUACAAGUGUCCAGAAAACAGAACAAGAAGGGCGGCUUUAUUUCGACCUUGGUUUCCUACUGGAAGGCUACUAAAGGUGUCGCAUCGGUUCCAAACGUUGCACAAAGUGUCUAUCACUCUCCUAAUGGACCGUUGGAAAGUGUUAUGAAGCUGCCACAUGAUGUGGUACAAUUUGUCCAGCUUUUCCCGCCUCAUGGUCACGUCGAAGAGUUGCAGGAACAACUCAAUGCCAACCACUCUAAGACGUUGCGCUCCGCCUGCGUCUUGCUCAAGCUGCGCUUGAACAAAGCCUCGACAAAGAAAGAAUUUAUACGACUUUUAAUCAGCUACUGGCAGAACCGUUUGGCAGUACCGUUAACAUCGGAGAGUCUUGCGUUAUCAACGGGGAGAGAAAAGGAAAAUGAGGUAAUGGACACCAAAAGACAAAGAAGUGAAGAAGAAGAAGAAGAAGAAGAAGUAGUAGAAGAAGACGCACAAAAGACUUUGGCGACGAAGAAAGCCAAGCAUAAGGCACUCGAACGCAAAGGAGAUCUUAUCGAGGAGAGAAAGAAGAUAAUGGCUGAGUCCUUGGAGAAGGCAAAGGUGGUCAAAGAGUGGGCGUCUGCAAUUGAAGUCCUAUCUCAUGUGGAUGGAAGUGCAGAAAGCAUUAAUUCUAUCAGAAAGCUCAUUAACGGAGUUGUGGACAGCGCCAUAAGCGCGUGGUGA